UGCGCAGAUGUGUGUGAAGGAGACAGCGCAGGUUUUAAUGUGAGAGUAGGAACAGCGUCUGAGAGGGAGUCACGAGCUGCUCAGCCACCAAAACACGAAAGAUGUCAUUUGCCAGUGAAAAGCUGUACAAUGGGUACUUGCGGCGGAACAUGCCGACCAUUGUGAGCAGGGUGAAAGUGAGAGAAAUAAUGAUCCACCUGCCCUGCUUGACUCCUCACGACAGGGAAAACAUAGAGGCGAAAAGAGAGAUGUGUGGGAACUUUGACGGCAUGGUGCUUCUUCUGGACUGUCUGAAGAGAAGAGAAAACUGGCCGGAGCAGUUCAUCGAAGCACUUGAGACGUGUGAGCAGAAAAUUCUAGCAGCUGGGAUUAGAGCAGAAUACGACACUCUGAAAGGCAUCAACAAUUCAAACCCCAGCUCCCUUCCCACGACUGUCAUCAGGGCACAUGUUCAUCCAGCACCAUCUGCCAGUCAUCUGUCCAACGCAGGGAGGGGUGCAAACAGUCAGGCGGCUGCUGAAGAAGCACCAGUUCCUCCAGAGCCAGCUGCCCAGGCCUCGCCCCCUUUGGAAACCCCCUCGCAGCCGCCCCAAGUUCCUGAUCCUGUUUCACCACCCGAGCCUCCACAGUCAACUGAGAGUGAAGUGGAACCCCCUCCAUCGACACCUCCUCCUUCCCCUGAAACUCAGGCGACUACAACCCCACCGCCUCAGAGGGAGAUUACCUCUCACCAGGAGCCGGUGGAAAACUCUGAAUCAGACGUCCAGGAGGUCUUUGGUGAUGAUGGUGUGAUCCCUGAUCAGGUGAGCGCAGGAAACAGCGAGGUAUCGAUCGCCUCUGUGGCCACUCCUCAGCCAUCUCGCCCCGUUGAGCAGUUUGAAACAGAAACUCCAUCCCGACCAGAUCCUCUCCAAACAACAACAACCGCCACGUGCAGUCCACCACGUCCCACUCCGAUAGACUCAGAUGUGACCAAUGGAUCCUCCUUCUUCACGUUGACCCCAGAGAAGCCUCCAGUGCAGGACACCACCCCCCCACCUGUGGACCUUAAACCUGCUGCUGUCCUGCAGCCUGAAGAGACGUCUGAACCUGCGACACGGGUUAUUGAAAGCAGCCCGCAGACAGAAACUGCAGCUGUAACCUCCCCCCUGCCUGGUGCCGCUGAGAUGGACGCCUCUGUCUGUGAUGACAGCUCUGUGUGUCUGAGCAAGCCUGGCCAACUCCUCAGCAUCCAACCACCCAAUGAUAGCAGCCCAACUGUCUCUGCACCCAGCCUGCCGGUGCUGCCCUACUCUGGUAAUACUGACCGUCUGGAAAUCAGCGAUGCUGCACCGGACACCGUGACCUCUGCCUACCUUCCUGCAUGCUCUGCUUACAGCUCCACCACCGUGAGUACGUCGUCUGCGCUGCCAUGCCAGGAGAACGGCAUUGCUGUAAUCCACGGUGAACCGGAGGAAAACUUCUACAAUUCUCCCACUCAGAGUUUGGAAACGCAGGAGGUGCUGGAGAACGUCGUGCAUGUAUCUGAGGAGCCGUCUAUCCUUAACCUAGACGGCCAAAGCGCAACACCACAAAUCAUGAAUGGUGAAGCAGCCAAAGAGAUCGUCUCUGCACCGCCACUGUCCACCAACACUGUUGAUACUGUAUUGAGUGUAAACACCCCCUCCAGUGAGAACUACCCCCCCUCUGAGCCCGCACCCGCUGAUAUCUCACCAGAGCCGAAGACACUGCCGGAUUCAGAGAAGAAACCAACUAACAUGAAGUACAUUCUGACCGCUGCUGGAGUGUGCGCCUGUGCGCUGCUGAUGGCGUGGAGGUUUAAGAAUUAAGUCGAUUGAAUACCUUUUUAAAGGAUGAGAAGAUUAGGCUUUAAGGCUUUUUAAAAGAGGAUCUUAAGGUUGUGGUGCCUUUAUUGUGGUCACUGACCUGGAAAGGCGAGAGGCAGCUGUUUAAUAAUUACCUUAAGUAAUAAUGGCUAACUUCCUAGACCUUUGAUCAUGUCAUUAAUUACAAGUAUGUUGUUAAGUUCAGCUGUAUUUUAUUAUCUUACUGUUCAAUGAACUUUGUCCUUGUGAGCAAAAACCAAAUCUAACGUUUUUAUUCUACUUGGGGAACUUCAUGGAACUGGGUUCUCAGGUUAUUUAUGCAAAUAUGUGGUUUGUAAAGAUUUAUGCUGUGUAUUCAUCAUAUAAAUGUUUGUAUGUUCACUUGUCUGAUAUGCACUUUCAAGAUAUGACUGUUGGCUCUCAUCCAGUGAAGGUUAGUGUACCUAGGACCUACAUUUUAUUGGAUAUGGACUGCGGAAGAAAGAGUGCCAGCAUCACACUCUGUAAAUGAUGACUAGUGCACUGUCUGUAUUUAUUUGUACAUACAUAUAUAUAUAUAUACACAAUAUAUAGCAAUCUAAUUAUGUAUUUCAAGAAAAACUGGUGUGUCAAAAACAUUCCAAAGUAAUGUUUGCUUAAUUAAAGUACAUACUUUGCAGCUGAUCUGGUUCUUAGAGCAGAUCAGCUGCUCCCAAACUUUUUAAAACCAUGGCAUGGUACUUUAUUUAUCCCAAGAAGGGGCAACACAUCAACAUACAUGGAAAGUGUUAACCUGGAGCCGUCAUGUCGUUAGCUGCAUAUUUAUCUGGGUUUUUAAAUGUUCAUUUUUGUGAUUAUUGCAUAUUUCUUCCAUUUUGAUGUUUGAAAAAUAAUUGGCAAAUAAAAAUGUAGAUAGUGUAAACAUCGCCUAGUUUCUUAUACAUUUAGAUAAUAACUGUAUUGUCAUCAUUAUUAAUAUUAUGUAGAAAUAUAGAACUUGCAAUGUAUUGUACAUUAAAUAAAUAAAUGUCCAUAAAAAAUAAAAAAAUUGAAAAAGUAAGACCUAAUAGGAUUAUACAUUUACUAUUUGUUGUAUUUUCUAUUCCUUCUUUUAAUUUUGAGAAAUAAUCAUCCAGCUUCUUCCAUGAGUAAAAAUAAUAAAUUAGCUGGUGGGAUAUACUGUAUAACUACAGUAUGUUAUUUAGGAUUCUGUAAAUUUUAUUGGGAUAAUAAAAUGGUGCUUCUUUUGAAGUUCA